ACCGUCGCCGUCCUCGCUUUCCCUCCCCAGUUCGCUCACCUUCCCCUCCAAACCCGAGUCUAAGCAAAUCCUCUCCCGGUCUCGCCCCUCUGGCCGGCCCUCUCUUGAGUCUUAUCCUCGCCAUUCCCGCGCCGCCCUCGUAUAAGUAGCGCGCGCUCCGUCGCGCUAAUCAUUCGAAUUCCCACCACCCAACACGACACGAGCGGGCGCUUAGAUAUAUGUCUCCAAGAGCUUCGCAGCACGAACGCCGAGGAGCUUGCGAGGACAGGGGCAGGAAGAGGGGUGCACCAAGAACGGCUGUUGUUGGUCGCGUAAGGGAGGAGCAAACGGUUCUUUGAAGGGAAGGGAAGGAGGGUGGUUGAUCGAUGGCGGUGACGGCGACGACGGUCGCGGCGGCGACAACGAUGCUGGCGGCGGUCGCGACGAUCUUCCUCACCUUCGUGCUCUGCUUCUACAUCUUCCUCUGCGCCAAGCAGUACCGCGGCGGGGCGCCGGCGGGGCAAGGCGUGGCGGCGUUGCUGCGCUUCAUGUUCGGCGGCGGGGGAGGCGGGGGAGGAAGGGGAGAGGACGGCGCCGCCGCGUGGUGCUACGAGGGGGGACUGGACGAGAAAACCAUGGCGAAGCUGCCACGCAGGGAGGUGGGCAAGGGCGAGGCCCUGGACUGCGCCGUCUGCAUCACGGUGCUCGUGGCGGGGGAGACGGCGCGCGUGCUGCCGCGGUGCGGCCACGCGUUCCACGUCGACUGCAUCGACAUGUGGCUCCGGUCGCACUCCACCUGCCCGCUCUGCCGGUGCCCCGCCGUCGACGAGCCGCCCGUGCCACCCGUGCCGUCCCCCGUUCCCACGCCGGAGGCCGACCCGGAGUCCCCAAACUUCCCCACGAACGUGCUCUUCUUCGGCUCCCAGGACGAGGUGAGCACCGGUCGCGCGCAACAGCAGUCGCCAGCCAUGGCGACACCGCUAUCGGCGCCUCCUCCAUCGCAAGGGCAUGUCGCCGCCGUCGUUGAGGAGGCGCGGGCCCCUGGACUGCGGAGGCUGCUUGGGUGUGGCGGCGCAUCGCCGCCCCCGCAGCCGCUGCAUCAUCAUCAUCAUCACUACCAGGACGCGGACAGGGACAUCGAGAUGGGGCUCGCCGCCGGCGAGAGUAGCGCGUCGCGGCCGGUGAAGCCACCACAGCCCGGUUCUUGAGGCUGUGGAACUCGCUUCUCUCGUGCCGUUUCCUUGUGUGACAUGACAAGUCAUGCGAGUGUCUCGGUUAUUUCUGCUCAUCGCGUUUGUACUUUCCUAUAGAGAGAGCUGAAAAAAAAUGUACAGAUUCUUAUAGCCGUUUGAUGUUAAGGAAAAAUGGAUAGAACAUGAACUGGGUGACAAAGGGAAAGCAAAUUUGAAAGGUCUGGAUA